AUGGAUAGAUGGCACUCUGACAAAGAUGGUUCUGCUUCUGUUGCUGCCAAAAUAAUUCUGGAAGAGUUGAUAUUGAUCGAGAAGUCCCAUUGUGCUCAUCUUGCGUUUUUACAACAGGGUUACCGUAACCGACUUCUACAAGAAAACAUACUUCUCGAAGCAGAUUUGAAUCGUUUGAUACCGGAUGUACUGGAUGCGUUACUUGUCUUUCAUCUGAACCUACUCGAUCGGCUAACCACUCGACAACGGGAAUCCGAUGAAGUGGAGACGAUUUCGGAUAUUUUGGCCGAAGAGGUGUGGUUUCAGUGUGACUAG